AUGUCCUCCGCCAGGUCUCCUCCGCCUCCACUUCCACCUCCACCUCUAACUCCUAAAAGGAUACGUCUGGAUCAAUCAUGGUCAUCAUCAGUUUAUCCUUUUAGGACAAAGGUUUGUCUCGCCUUCCGCUGCUCUGGGUAUGAUAAGCCAGAAAAGUAUUUCAUCGAGAUAUUGGAUCUGGAUUUAUUAAAAGAUAAGGACGCUGACAUCAUCUCCGCCGGCGCCGGCGAGGAGUUCAAACCGAUUAAACCCACAUUUUGUCUCUUCCGUGAGUGUUUCCUUGCCGAUACUUCAUGUGUCGUGGGAUCCACCCUCUUCCUAUUUGACGGAAUUUCUGGUGGAGUAUAUUCUCGUUCGCAAGCUCAUAGGUCCUCAGUUGCUGCUGUUAAUCUACCUCAAUACACUGAUGAUGAUUUUACUGUGGAUUUAAAGCCACCUGCACUGAAAAUAGCCCCUCAUGUCCUGCACCCUAAGUGUUUCCCUAAGGCCAUUCCCACUUCCGAUGGUAAAAUCUUAGUUUUCUCCAGAUUAAUCGAGCUUGAUCAUAAUGCAGUGAACGUGGAUUUCGAGCUGUUUGAUCCUAUAACUUGUCGUUCUUGUCGUGAGCUGCCCCAGUUAGGUCUUAAUGCGAAGAGCGGCUCGACUCCAAUGAUACUAAAUGUCGCUUAUGUAGUUGGUUUGUCUUUUAGCAUCCGCCUUUUGGGCCUGGAUAUCGGGCUGCUGCCCCCCUUGACCAUGCUGCAGCCUGAUGCUCCGGUGCAGAUUUAUGGUGAGAGCGCGACUCUAGAGCUCUGGUUCUGCGGUGCUGCUCCGCCUCUGUUUCUCGACGGCAUCUGCGGGGAUGUGUUGCUGUGGGGAGUGGUGGUGGAUUUUAGGCGAGGUCGGGUGCGGUGGUGCUGCGGGAAGGGACUGGGUGCGGCUCCGGCGUCUCUCGGCUUCUGGCCGGAGUAG